AUGUUAGAGGACAUAAUUGCACCGUUCUUUUUAUCCAAAAAGUUGAAGAAUGAAUCCUCAAAGAAAACACCCCUAGGGCAAGCCACACCAGUCGAAGUGGGAGAAAAAAGAGGGAACAUGGUAACUUUCCCCAACACGACCAGAACCAACAACUAUGAAAAAUUUAUGAUGCCACCCCCACAACCUCAACCACCAUCUUUAGGGGAAUAUAUUCAUAUUCAAAGAGAACCAAGGGAGAAUCAUGCCAUACCUCCCUCUAAGAGAACUGUGGGAAGAAAUCAAGGCUCCAAUAAAAAAUGCAAAUAUGCUAUUAAGAAUGAGGAAGAUCCUGAUACCAUUAUGAAAAUGAUUCAUAUUAAAAUCCCUGCUGGACGUGAUGUCGUAGAUUCUCUCAUCAAUGUUGCUAUACGCCAUCAAUCUAACAUUACAGUCCUAGGUGGUGUCGGUCUUGUCUCUAAUAUUACUUUUCACAACUCAGUUUCCCAAGCCCCUGCAUUUACAACAGACCAAUCUUUUCAAAUGACAUCUAUAACAGGAACCUAUUUCAUUGCCAAUUAUGGUCGUAAUCCUUCUGAAGUCAUCUUUGAACGUAUUCAUUCCUCUUUUUCCAUUUUCCUCACAUCUAAUUAUGGGAAAGUGUUUGGCGGAGUUAUUAUUGGAAAGGUUAUGACUGCAGGUGACGUUUUAAUCACAGCCGCUCUUUCAAAGAAGCAUGAGUUUUAUAUGGUUCCCACCAUCAAUGAAAGAAUUCGAGAAGUUGAAGAAGAUGUUAUCUAA